CAUCGUCACAGCGAUCAUGCAUCCUCAGGAAAUCCAGCUGGUGUUCUACGGUUUACUCUACAUCCUCUGCAUCCCAAGUGCCUACCUCUUGCUUACCAUCUACUCCAUGGUCAACAUGAACAAUGUGUCCUGGGGCACCCGUGAGACAAAACCUGCGGCUGGAGUCGCCAAACCAGAGCCCGCAGCAAAGCAAACCAAUGUCCAAAAAGCCAAAAACACCUUCCAACGGUUCGUCUCUUGCUGCAAAUGCUGUAAGAAAUCCAACCAGCCAUCUCAAGGUGGUGUCAACCAGAAGAACCUGAUCCCGGAGACCCCACAGCCUGUACUCCAGCCCCAGAACACUAUUGUGGAGGACGUGAGGAUCCCAGAGGAGAAACAGAAGCAGCUGGACAUUGUUUUCGACUCACCUACCCAAAGUUGGUUGACACAAUUACAGAGUGUGUCUCGUGAUAUGCAGCUGGUGGAGGGCUCUCUCGACGAGGAGGAGGAAAGCUUCUGGAUAGAGCUUCAGAAGAAAUACCUGGAACCUCUGCAGGACGACAAAGAGAGACAGAAAAAGAUUGUCAAUGACCUGCAAGAACUGAGAAACAAGAUAAACUUUGCCUUCUUCAUCCUGAACGCCCUGUGGUUGGUGGCAACAUUUACCCUCCAGUUAUAUGAAGCCACCUUCUCCAUUGAGCUGCCCAAGAUCAACCUUCAGUUGGAGUAUACUGGGGAAAAUGUGAAAAUUGAACCCAUUGGCUUCAUGUUCAUUCUGGGAUUUGCAACAUCAGUUAUAAUCCAGUUCAUUACUAUGUUCUACCACAGAAUCUGUACUCUGAUCCAUUAUGUGGCCUUUCUGGGCACAGAGACCAUACAGCCAAAACAUGACACAGAAGAACCAUGCCUGCCAUGCAAAAAGGUCGCAUCUGUCUCUGAAACUGUCUCCACCUCCGACUAUAACCAUGACUCAGACUCAGACUCAGACUCUGAUUUGUCUGAUGUUGAUCUUUACACCAGAAGUAAUAAUGGAGGCACUCAGGUGUAAACACAGACUCUGUCUAAAAAACUUUAUAUCACAAAAAUACACCAUAUAGGCUUUCCCAAAUUGUCUUUCGUAUGCAUAUAUUAUUUAAGUUUACGUAGUCAAGCACAUUUUAUUUAUGAAGAGCUAUUACUGAACACACUUGUCACAAAGUGGUCAGCAGAUAUUCUAGUUGAAAUGCUUUAUAAAAAGAACAUAUCAGGGACAGAACAAGACCGUUUUAAAGUCUUUAAAACAUAUUUAUUUGUGUGUGUGAGUAUUUGUGAGUUUGUUUGCAAGAUUUCACUGUGAGUGCUAUUGAAAUAUCCUUCUGAAGGUAUGUUGUAAUGCACAUAUCUUUGACUUUUGUGUUUUAUGCACUGUAACUUGCACUGUAAUUUAAAGAUGACGGGAUUAAUAAUUAAGACACAAUAUGAACAAUAUGAAGAGCAAUGAUACUAUUACAGACAAACUAAUGAAGUAAUUUUAAUGGUCUAAGAAGUAUGAGAAUGUCCAAAUCUGUAUCAUACUGUAGAAAAAUGUACUUGAUUGCACUACAUAUAAUACGAUGAAACUCCUAUUGAAGUUAUAUUCUGAUGGGUAAAAAGGAAGCUGCUGGCCCAAAUCAGCAUUACCAAAAAUAAGUAUCUUUAUAAUGUUCCUUUAAUGAAGAACAAAAAGGAUGAACUCAGGGAAGUGAAAAUCUGUUUUAUGCAGUUUAUUUUUACAUUAAAUAUAAUGACAAGUGUUAAGAGGUUGUUCUGUUUGUUAUAUUUUUGUGGCUGUUCUGUUUUAUAAAGCUCUUUAUAACAAA